AUGGCCUCUCAAUCAUUUCUCCCUUUGUCGUCACCUCCGUCGCCCUGGCUCCUGCCACGCCGGCCGAGCUUGGAUCCCGAACGCGAGAUCCUGUCGACCAGAGGCCAACAGCGGAUCCUGACUUUCCUGCCCAGUCGCGCGUCUUCCACCGCGUUGCACGACUUGGAUGAAGGAACGGCCUCUCACCCGACUUUCCUCCGACGCGGAUCCCUGUUGAUUGGGCCGAGUAAUCCCCGCUAUGAAUGGCAGCGAUAUUAUCGACCGUCCGAGUCGCUGAAACACCUCCGUAAACCUGUACGGCAGUACUACGAGCGCAACAACUCGUUGAUAUCCCAAUAUCUCUACAUUGAUCGCCUCCUGGACUCGUCGCUGCCGCACAAUCUCAUCGACGACUACAAUGAAUGCCGUCAUUUUGAUGCCUCCGGCAACCGCAAACACCCGUCUCCUCCAGGCAGCCCACCGGAGUCCACCGACCAGCCCGACUCCAAGGCGGCCCGGAUCAAGCGCACCCCUCACAACCUCUAUCGCAUUCCCGAUGAAACGGCGCCGUUGCUCCAACGCGCCGACGACCUGGCUGCCAGUCACCUCGUGCCCGAUGUCGAAUCCCAUGCGGGAAUGUCUCCCGAGCAGGAGGAGCAUCUCAUCAACCUGGCCAUCCGCAUCAACUUCGUCGCCAAUGUCGCGCUUCUGGGAUCCAAGAUAGCCAUCAUAGUACUUACUAGCUCCAUGUCAAUGCUGGCGGCCCUGGUUGACGGGGUUUUGGAUUUUCUCAGCACGGUCAUCGUUUGGGUCACGACGGUCAUGAUCCGCCGGCAAGACCGCAAUAGCUAUCCCAUCAGUCGCCGACGUUUGGAGCCCUUGAGUGUCUUGGUCUUUUCGGUCAUCAUGGUCACUUCAUUUUUCCAGGUGGCGUUGACCUCCUUCAACAGACUGACUGCCGACGAUCACACUCUGGUCGAGCUCUCGCUUCCCUCCAUGGGUCUCAUGGCGGGCACCGUCCUGGUCAAGCUGUUUUGUUGGGUUUGGUGCCGCCUCAUUCCUAGUCCUGGCGUCCAGGUGCUGGCUCAGGACGCAAUGACCGACGUCGUCUUCAACACAUUCAGUAUCAUCUUUCCACUCGUCGGCGCGUUCGCUCGUUUGUGGUACCUCGACCCAGUCGGUGGGUUGUUGCUCUCGGCGUACAUCAUGUGGAACUGGGGCUCGACUGCAAGCGAGUAUAUUCGUCGAUUGACGGGAGCGGCAGCUUCACCGACGGACCAUAACAUAUUGCUCUACAUGACAAUGCGCUUCUCUCAAGUCAUUCGGAAGAUCCAGGACCUCAAGGCCUACUACGCAGGGGACAAGCUCAACGUCGAAGUUGAUUUGGUUGUCGACGAACACACCAGUCUACGCGACGCUCACGACGUCGGGGAGAGUUUGCAGUACAUCCUCGAAAGCGUGCCCACUGUUGACCGUGCCUUUGUGCACUUGGAUUAUGAUGAGUGGAAUCUUCCAAGUCACAUGAAUCAGUUGGAUCGUUAG